AUGUCUAAAGAUGACGAUGCUCAAUGUGCAGGUCAAUGGGGUCCUAGACUUGCACCAAAUCUGGAUCCAAAUCGCCAAUGGGCAGCAGUUCGUCGUCGUUACGAAUGGAACGACACAUACGAUGAAGGAAUAGCUCCCAAAGACGAAGAAUUGGAAAAAGAACUUUUUGGCGAAGAUAAUCAUGUUCAUUCUGGUAUUAAUUUUGCAAAAUAUGAUAAAAUUAAGGUGACGGUCAAUCCGAGCAUAAAACCUAUUAGCACGUUUGAAGAAGCAAAACUUCAUCCAGCGAUGAAGGAUAAUGUUAAAUUGGCUAGAUAUGAUAUACCAACUCCAGUUCAAAAAUAUUCUAUUCCAAUAAUUACUGAGGGAUUAGAUUUAAUGGCAUGUGCUCAAACUGGCUCUGGCAAAACAGCUGCAUUUUUGAUUCCAAUAUUAUCUCAAAUGUUUACAGCUAAAAGAAGCUCAAGACAGUCUGGAAAUACACGAAAAUAUAAAGCUGAACCGUUAAUAUUAAUAUUAGCUCCUACACGUGAAUUGGCUACUCAAAUAUUUGAUGAAUGUCGUCGAUUUACUUAUAGAAGCAUGAUGAGACCAUGUGUUGUGUAUGGAGGUGCAGAUUCUAUUCCUCAAAAAGCUGAAUUGGCUAAAGGUUGCGAUAUAUUAACUGCCACACCUGGUAGACUAAAUGAUUUUAUGGAUCGUGGUGUACUAAGUCUUCGUAAAGUUAGAUAUCUCGUGAUUGAUGAAGCUGAUCGUAUGUUAGACAUGGGUUUUGAAACAGAUAUUCGUAAAAUUGUUCAAGAAUCUGACCUUCUUGAUGAUGGUUCAAGACAGACUAUGAUGUUUUCAGCCACUUUUCCAUCAAAUAUUCAAAGUCUUGCAAAGGAUUUUUUGAAAAAUGAUUACUUGUUCCUUACAGUUGGUAGACUUGGUGGAACAACAAUGUAUGUUGAUGAUAAGGAUAAACGUGCAAAACUUGUUGAGCUACUUAUGAAACAACCACCAUCUCGUACUCUGAUCUUUGUUGAAACAAAACGUGGUGCAGAUUCACUUGAUGAUUACUUGUAUCAUAAAAAUUUUCCUACAACUAGUAUUCAUGGUGAUAGAUCACAACGCGAGAGAGAAGAUGCUUUAAUAUCAUUCAAAAAUGGCCGAUCACCUAUUUUAAUUGCUACGGCUGUUGCUGCACGUGGUCUUGACAUAAAAAAUGUAAUGCAUGUCAUAAAUUAUGAUCUAUGUAAAGAUAUUGAUGAAUAUGUUCACCGAAUCGGAAGGACUGCACGUGUUGGUAAUGAAGGAUUGGCAACAACUUUUUACAAUGAAAAAAAUUCUGAUGUUGCUAGUGAUUUAGUUAAAUUAUUGUUGGAAUGUAAACAAGAAGUUCCUAAUUUUGAUAAUAAAAGAGGCGGAGGAAGUAGUGACUACAGAAAUCAAAAUAACAAAUAUGCUAAUAAUGAUUCAUCAGGAGGUGUAACAUCAAGUAACUGGGAUGCUCAUAACAACAAUAACACUAGUAACAUAUGGGAUAAUACACAACAAAAAGACAUAAUAAAUGACACAUCAGCAUCAACAGCAUGGGAUCCUAGUAAAACUCCAUGGGAUGGUGGUAAUACUACCAUUCAAACUCAGCAACAAUUUCCUCCAUCAUCAUUACCACAACAACCUUCUCAUCAAGCACCAUUGCCACCACUAACACAACAACAAUAUCAACAUCCACCACAAUAUCAGCACUCAUCACAAGUUACAUUUCAACAGCAACCAACAUUUCAACAACAACUUCCUCCUCCUAACCUUCAGUCUUUUCCUCCACAAUCUUUUCCUCCACAACAACAAAAUCCUUUACAACCACCACCACAACCUCAAUAUAUUCAUUCACAAUUUACUCCUCAACCUCCAUAUAGUAGUCCGCAACCAUUACAACCACAACAACCUGUUAUUCAACAAUAUGGCAGCAGUGCACCACCACCUCAACCAUCAUUGAUUGGUCAACAACCUAAUCCUAAUAAUAAUUAUAACCAAAUUCCUCCUCCACAACACCAAAACUAUGGUUAUAAUUCACAAUCUAUACCACCACAACCACAAACCCAUUCUUAUCAACAAAUGUCACAACCACAACAAUUAUCACAACAAUUACCACAACAAUUACCACAACAAUUACCACAACAAUUACCACAACCACCACAACCAUUUGGUAAUUAUGGUGCUAGUCCUUCUAAUAAUAAUUAUAAUUAUUGA